CACAAUUUAUUGUAGCACGUUCUAACUGAUUUAGCAAGCAUUUGAUGGACCUGGUAAUAUCAGUAUCGCCUUUAUCCGGCCCAUCCGUAUUCUUACCUGUCAGCGCAUCAUGUGACGACUUCUGUAGGGCUGCGCGCGGGAGUUAUUCAAUGUAAAAUCUUGUAUUGUUUUCUGUCAUUUUAUACUAUUUGAUUUGCGCAUUUAACGGUUUACAGGGCAAAAAUUUGUAAGUUUCCUCCCUCAGGUGAGAUGUUGAACUCCAAGCUGCUGACACUGGUGCUGGUCGUCCAGCCGGGCAGAGUGCUGCUGGGCAUGAAGAAGAGAGGAUUUGGGGCUGGGAAGUGGAAUGGGUUUGGGGGCAAAGUUCAGCCUGGAGAAAGCAUUGAGGAUGCUGCACGGAGAGAACUGCAAGAAGAAAGUGGUCUCACAGUAGAUUCUCUUGAGAAGGUCGGAAAUAUCAAAUUUGAAUUUGUCGGAGAUACGGAGCUACUUGACGUCCAUAUUUUCAGAGCUGACUCUUAUAACGGAGAACCGACGGAAUCGGAUGAAAUGAGGCCUCAGUGGUUUGAGUGUGACCAAAUUCCUUUCAGUCAAAUGUGGGUCGAUGACAUCCUGUGGUUCCCUUUGAUGCUUCAGAAGAAAAGAUUUGUUGGAUACUUUAAGUUUCAGGGUCAUGAAGUGAUCCUCAGCCACAAACUGGAGGAGGUAGAGGUGCUGUGAGAUGAGAUAACCUGGAUGUUACCAAUGUCAUUUGUAAACAAACAUCAGCCUUUCAGUUUUUUCUUUUAAUGCUCAAGAUAGCCCAGUGCUGAAUGGUGUUCAUUUGUGGGAGGAAACAACACGAUCCUGAGGGGCCUAACAGAUCCACGUCUACUGUUCACCUAGUGCUCACAUGUAAUAUCACAUCAGGGUCAUUUUUUUGUCAGUCUUUAUUCAUCUGAAACAUUGCCAACAUAAUCAUAUAUUUUUAGUUAUGUCAAAUUAUUUUUCUGGUAAAUUGAUUUAAUUCACUAAGGAUUUAUUGUCUUUUAUAAAGUAUUUACAGUAUCUACAGUAAUAAUUGUAUUGGGUUUCAUGUCAUUUGUCAACUUGAUCCCCGAUGUACUUUUGCCAAAAGUGUUUCAUACUGCAUGUACAGUGUUUGUUUCUUCAUAAAAUACAUGUUGAGGUGCGAUACUGGUAUCGCUCGCUCACAUAAACUCAGUCAGUCUGGUGUGCUUAUGGCGAAAUCAGCUGGUGGCAGUUGUCCUGGUUUUUUUUUUUUUUUUUUUGUC